AUGGCCCUUGUCAAUGUUACGCUGGUUACCGAGUUCAUCCUGCUGGGGCUGACGGAUCGUGCCGAGCUGAAGGCGGCCCUCUUCCUGCUGUUCCUGCUCGUCUACGCCGUUUCUUUGGUGGGGAACCUGGGGAUGGUCCUCCUAAUCCGCAUCAGUCCCCAGCUGCAGACGCCCAUGUACCAUCUCCUCAGCUCCCUGUCCCUGGUUGACGCCUGCUACUCCUCCGUCUUUGCCCCCAAAAUGCUGCUCAACUUCUUUGUCGAACGAGACAGGAUCUCAUUUUGGGCGUGCAUUGUGCAGUACUUUUUAUUCGUGUCACUCCUUACCACCGAGGGCUUCUUGCUGGCAGCCAUGGCGUAUGACCGCUACGUGGCCAUCGCGAGCCCUUUACUUUAUACAGUGGCGAUGACCAGAACGGUUUGCGUUGCCCUGGUCGUCGCGUCAUGCGCGGGAGGUUUGAUCAACUCGCUGACACACACAAUGGGCUUGAUGAAACUGUCUUUCUGUGGCCCCAAUGUCAUCAGCCACUUCUUCUGCGACCUUCCGCCACUGUUGAAGCUGUCCUGCUCCGACACGUCCAUGAACGAGCUGUUGCUUUUGAUCUUCUCUGGCGUUAUUGCCAUGAUCACCUUCUUGACGGUGAUGACCUCCUACUCCUUCAUUGUCGCCGCCAUCCUGAGGAUCCGCUCGGCCGCGGGUAGACGCAAGGCCUUCUCCACAUGCGCGUCCCACCUCACAGCGGUGACUUUAUUCUACGGCUCCAUAAGCUUUAGUUACAUUCAACCAAGCUCCCAAUAUUCCUUAGAACAAGAAAAGGUGGUGUCUGUGCUUUAUACCCUCGUGAUUCCUAUGUUAAACCCACUGAUUUAUAGCCUGAGAAACAAGGAGGUGAAGGGUGCUGUGAAAAGGGCUAUACAAAUGAAAUAUUUUCCUUGUUAA